AUGAAUCACAUAGUAUCGAGACUUAAAGAGCAGUGGAACGCCGUCUCAAUCCUGCAGCCUAAGCCUCUUCCUUACGUGGCGGCCUUUUUGGUGGUGGUUCUGGUCACAUUCUACUUGCGCGUUUCGUCAAACGUGCCGCCGCUAUUGAAUGGGAAAGGUUUCUUCGAGUUCUCCGACGAACGUGUGAAGACGGUAUUCAUAAGCAAUGCUAGGCAGAUGCUACAUGACUGGUUUGAAAAAAACCCUAACAAACCUGUUUCGGUUUAUAGCGAUACUGGAACGGUCAUAGUGUUGCCGGGAAGUAUGGCAAAUGAGAUCCGAAACGAUAAAAGAUUUCACUUGCGCCAGCAGGUUGAACGGAUGAUGCAUGGUCGUCUACCGGGCUUUGAAGUCUUCCGUGACGAUAACAACAACCAGCUCGUCAAGACUGUAAUUAAUAAGGAUCUCACCAGACAAUUGGCUAAGGUCACUGCGCCCCUUGCUGAGGAGACUUCAUUAGCCCUAGCAGAUUUGCUUGGUGAAGGUACAGAAUGGCACGAAUUGCCUGUCCAAGGCACCAUUCUUAAGCUGAUCGCUCGCCUUUCCUCACGAGUUUUCCUCGGCACUGAGCUCUGCCGCGACGAAAAUUGGCUGCAAGUUACCAGAGAGUAUGCAGUAAUGGCAUUUGUAGCUGCGCAAGACCUUCGAUUAUGGUCUCCUUGGCUACGGCCGAUUGCGAACUUAUUCCUUAGUAAAUGCCGAAAGAGUCGUGCUUCUAUGCAAAAAGCCCGAGAAGCGAUUCAACCCGUUAUUCAAGAGCGUAUGAGACUUAAGGCAAAAGCCACAGGAGAACAGGCACCAAAAUUCAACGACGCAAUUUCUUGGUUCGAAGAUGCGGCAAAUGCGUCAUCUUUUGAUCCCCAAAUUGUCCAAUUAUCUCUUUCCACAGUGGCCGUCCAUACAACAACAGAUCUGCUGUCCCAAACGCUGGCGGAUAUCGUGAUGCAUCCUCAGAUCAUCGAGCCACUACGAAAAGAGAUAAUUUCGGUUCUAAACGAGGAUGAGGGGUUAAAAACGACAUCAUUGGGUAAAAUGAAACUUCUUGAUAGCUGUAUCAAAGAGAGUCAGCGUUUGAAACCGUUGUCCAUGGCAUCAAUGGGCCGGAUAGCCACUGAGCGUGUAGUUCUAUCCGAUGGUACCGUGAUUCCCAAGGGCCAAAGCAUACUAGUUGACUCAAGCAAGAUGUGGGACUCCAAAGUGCAUCCUACGUCUCCGGAAAAAUGGGAUGGAUAUCGUUUCCUUCGAAUGCGCGAAGAUCCUAAGAAACAGGAUCUGGCCCAACUUGUAACGACGUCGCCUGAACAGAUCGCAUUCGGCUACGGCAUUUACGCCUGCCCUGGCCGCUUUUUUGCAGCGAACGAAAUCAAAAUUGCGUUAACUGUCAUCUUGCUGAAAUAUGAGUUGAAGUUGGAAGAAGGCCAGACGCCAAUGGGAUUCGAUUAUGGGUUUACCUGCAAUUUUGACUUUUCUGUGAAAAUAAGUGUCAAACGUCGCAAGGAAGAAAUUGCGAUAUGA